ACAGGAACAAUACUGCUACCAACGCGGGAGGGGGGCACACAGAAGGCGGCGUUUAUUUCCCCUAAUAGAUUUAUUUAUCUCUGAUUUUUUCGUUUCCCCUCGUUGUCUGUCUUCUCGAUUGUUUACACUGUGUGCAGUAAACACAGACGCGCCGUGCAGCUCUGCAGCGUCUCUGCUCCGCUUUGGCCUCAACUUCCCUCCGCGAGCAGCGCAGUGGAGCAGAGGAGAGUCGAGGGGAGGAAGAAAGGGAACGGUGCUCGCAGGGUGUCGGUGAAAAAGGCAGUUGUUUCUGCUUUGACGAGAAGUCGUGACGUUCCCGACCAAGCCGAUAACUGUAAAAGUCUGCGGUCAUUUGUGUGUGUGUUGUCCUCGUUUCCUCCGCGUUAAAGAGCGAUGACGGCGCGGUCCGCAGCAGCUGGCGCGGGGAUUUAAUGGGAGCCUCUCGGCGGUAGAGCCUUUCUCUCCCGCCUCCAACACCCCCGACCACGGGCUCGACUCGGGCGCUGUCUUCACCGGGGGGUGUUUUAGGCAGAGCAACGUUAGCCCCUUGACCACGGAAGGAGGGAGGGUGGUCGGUCCCCCCCGCCUCGCCACCAGGGUCUCGAGCUGUCGCUCUGUCCGACUUCGUGGAGCCAAAACAUGGCAGGGAACCUGAAGAAAGGCGGUGGGCUCAUCGGCAUGAUGAAGGACGCCUUCCAGCCUCACCACCAUCUCCACCACUCCCAUCACCAACCCGGCGCCGUGGACAAAAAGACCGUGGAAAAAUGUUGGAAACUUAUGGACAAGGUGGUGCGAUUAUGUCAGAACCCCAAGCUGGCACUCAAGAACAGCCCCCCAUACAUCUUAGACCUGCUUCCUGACACCUAUCAGCAUCUUCGUACCAUCCUUUCCCGCUAUGAGGGCAAGAUGGAGACCCUGGGCGACAACGAAUAUUUCCGUGUCUUCAUGGAGAACUUGACGAAGAAGACCAAGCAGACCAUCAGCUUGUUCAAGGAAGGCAAAGAACGCAUGUAUGAGGAGAACUCUCAGCCAAGACGGAACCUGACCAAACUGUCUCUGAUAUUCAGCCAUAUGCUGGCAGAGCUCAAAGCCAUCUUCCCCAAUGGCCUGUUCCAAGGGGAUAACUUCAGAAUCACCAAGGCAGAUGCAGCAGAGUUCUGGAGAAGAUCAUUUGGGGACAAGACCAUUGUGCAGUGGAAGCUCUUUCGACAGGCACUGCAUGAAUUCCACCCUAUCAGCUCAGGCUUAGAGGCCAUGGCCCUGAAGUCCACCAUUGACCUUACCUGCAAUGACUACAUCUCUGUCUUUGAGUUUGACAUCUUCACCAGGCUCUUUCAGCCGUGGUCAUCCCUGCUGCGGAACUGGAACAGCCUGGCAGUGACUCAUCCAGGAUACAUGGCCUUUCUCACCUAUGAUGAGGUCAAGGCUCGCCUACAGAAGUUCAUCCACAAGCCUGGCAGCUACAUUUUCAGACUGAGCUGUACACGACUGGGCCAGUGGGCUAUCGGCUAUGUUACUGCUGAUGGAAAUAUCCUACAGACCAUUCCCCACAACAAGCCCCUCUUCCAGGCUCUCAUCGACGGCUUCCGGGAAGGAUUCUAUUUGUUCCCAGAUGGCCGGACUCAGAACCCCGACCUCACAGGGCUCUGUGAGCCUUCACCGCAAGACCAUAUCAAAGUCACACAGGAGCAAUAUGAGCUGUACUGCGAAAUGGGCUCCACCUUCCAGCUGUGCAAGAUCUGUGCAGAGAAUGACAAAGACGUGAAGAUUGAGCCGUGUGGCCACCUCAUGUGCACGUCCUGCCUCACUGCAUGGCAGGAGUCAGAAGGUCAGGGCUGCCCUUUCUGCCGCUGUGAGAUCAAGGGCACCGAACCCAUCGUGGUCGACCCUUUUGACCCAAAAGACAACAGCGGGGGUUCGUAUGGGGGCUGCAGGGGCAUGUCUGGAGCAGAGGGGGCACCCUCUCCUAGCUAUGAUGACGACGAUGAUGACCGUCUAGAAGACCCGCACCUCAUGAUGAGCAAGCUGGCUUGUAGUAAAGUCGAGAGACCACCUUCCCCACUGUCAAUGGCUCCUCAAGCUUCUUUGCCCCCAGUGCCCCCACGUCUAGACCUGCUGCAGCACAGACCACCAAACCCUCCAGGGGCCUCUAGUCCAGGUGCCACAUCCAAGGCCCCCUCUCAUCACAAAGACAAGCCAUUACCGUUACCCCCAGCUCUACGAGACCUCCCACCUCCUCCUCCUCCAGACCGCCCUCACUCAGCUGGGACUGACAACAGACUCCCGAGACGCCCCCUGCCCUGCACACCCGGCGACCCAACUCGGGACAAACUGCCUCCUGCUCCGCCAAACCGCAACAUGGUGGACUGGAACCCGCGGCCGGUGCCCAAAGCGCCCUCCCAGCAGCCCGCUGUAGGAGGGGGAGACUCCCGUGCGUCACGAGAGCUGUCCAACCGUCACUCACUUCCACUGGCGCUGCCCUCAGCCAUGGAUGCACAGAGGAACAGCAGUUCUGCCAGUUUGGACCACCAGCUUAGUUUUGGUGCAACGGCCUCUGGAGGGUCUGAAUACGACAACCCAAAAGUGAAGCCUUCUGCAUCGGCUAAUGCUAUCUACUCCCUGGCCAGGCCUCUUCCUGCAGUGAAGCAGCUGACUGGAGAAGAUGGCUUUGAAAGUGAGGAAGAUUCUGACUACAUGACUCCUAGUUCUCGUCCUGCUUUAUCCACUAUAUCUCCUGCCCUGGGGGAGGCAGUGCCCAGACCCCCGCAACCUAACUCUCUCAACUCCAGGCCUUUGCUCAGUGACAUGGACUCUGAGGGCCCACAGAUGUACGAAGCUAUGUACAACAUUCAAGCACAGGCCCUCACGGCCUCUCUGCCUCAUCAAGCCAGAGACUCAGACUACUCAGAAUUGCCUCCAUUUGCAAGCUCUAAUGGGCCACGGGACACAGAGUGUGAGGAGGAAGAGGAGAACGGCUAUGACAUCCCAAAGCCCCCUCUACCUGUAGCCCGACGCACACUCUCAGAGGUCAGCAACGUGUCUGCUACUUUCAGCCGUCUCUCUGGGGAAAGUGAGCCAGGAGGACCAGUCUCAUUCGACUCAGGGGAAGCUCCAGAGCGGCCUCCCAAGCCUCUGCCCCGCCGCAUUAACUCCGAGCGCAGACCCAGUCCGGUCCCUCCCGGAGCCGCGGCGGGGCCCAGCAACCCGCAGAUCAGCAGCGAGAUCGAGCUGCUCAUGAGCCAGGGCUACUCCUACCAGGACAUCCAGAAAGCUCUGAUGAUUGCACAGAACAAUAUCGAGAUGGCCAAGAACAUCCUGCGGGAGUUUGUGUCCGUGCCCUCCACGGCACACAUCUUCACAUAGCGACCCCCAGCCACAGACGCCAGACCAGAGAGCACGUUCUUAACUCUCGCCCGCUUUUAGCUCUAGCGCCAGGGAGCCUCUCUCCUUCCGGCACGCGUCCUGACUGUCCAUCGUUCAUGUGUGCAGCACAGGCCUGCUCCAGCUCCAGCGUGUUUGCCAGCAGGACCUCUGCUGUUGGUCAGUCUCAUGGCAUUGCAUGUCCCCUGAGGCUUUUGGUCAAGCUCAAGCAAGGACAGGAAAAUUACAAAUAUUGUGUGUGUGUUUUAUAUGAUAAUUUAAUAUAUAAGUCCAUAUAUUGAAUAUAGUUAAUAUAUACACAUGUAGGCUGGAGAGGGGCAGCUGUGAGGGCUCAUAUGUGAAAGGCCUCAGGAUGAGGCCGGAGAAAGGAAGGAACUCUUCAGCUUAGCCUGCUGUUCUCAGCCACCAGUCUUGACAUGUGGGGAAAAAAAAAACUGCAGCUGAACUUUUGCUGAUGUCAAAAAUGGCCUUUAAUCGUGUUGCUUUGGUACUUUCUUGAGAUACGUGUGUGUGCGUGCUUUUGUUGUUUUCUAAAGUAGCAUGGCAUGGGUGAUAUCCCCAGACCACGGUCUGCUAUCGCAGAGUCCUACGUUAGAGCUGAUCUGAAGUUGUAUACCAGUGAUCCGUAGUCACUUCUGGAGUUUUCUCUCUGUGUCUCUGUAGAAUCUCGGGGCUGUUUGAACGUCUCUGGAUGGUGACUGCUGAAUUUGGCUUUGACCAGCACCGAACGGGCGUAUCGCACGUGCUGUUGUGUAGCAUUACAGUAACCGAAAUACUUACAGCUUCAAUGAUGUUUCAAGAAAAUACAGGGUUAGAUAGUGCAACCUCUCCUUUUGACUCCAGUAAAAGAUAUGACAUGGUGACAGACUGUAAAACCUGCACUAGCGAUGAGCGUAAUGAUAGGUUCCAAGUGGAAAUUGGGCACCUUUCUCUAUUAACAGUGGUCCAGUCAAAAUCAACAGUACAGCGAAUGCAGUGAAUGAAAGCAAAUAGGCACCGAUUAGCAUUAUCAAUGUGAAAUCAAGUGACUUCUAGCCUGUAUUCAUAGAAUGUUUGGCUGAGCUGUUCUUUUAAAUGAGUUCUGAACCAGGCAGGGCCUCGCAUUUGUGUUGUAACCUUCAUCUUGUGUGUGUCAUGAGUACGGCGGAGAAUGAUGGGCUUACGUAAGUGUGCUUUUUAUUUUUUAUUUUUUUUCCUCUCUUCCCCCCUUUUACUCUCCACAGGCAGUGUUCUCUAACACAUUAAGGGGGGAGGGCGGUCAUUGGGACACAAAGUGAUAUUUGCUUUGUGAGAAGGAAGUAUUUGCUUAUACAGUCCAGCAGCCUGGCCAAACUUCUGUCAAAUCAGGACUGAAAUCGCUCAGAUUUUUGGCAAGGUGUCUGCUUGUGUCUGAAGCUGUUCAUCUAAGUGAAAUAGUCAUUGAUCAUUGAUCACUUUAAUAUAUUAUUAUUAUUAUUAUUAUUAUUGUAUUAAUGUUGUUCUUUUUUGUUAUUAAUUCAGAAGUGCUUUACUGCUGCUACUAUUGUUAGUGCUAAACAAUUAAGCCUUAAAUGUAUAUUUGUGAAUAUUGUGUUUAACCUGUUUUAAAGUGACAGUAUCUGUUCAGUUGAAUUUGUUGAUGUAGCAUACUUGAAAUUCCAAGCAGCUUGUGCAGGCUGGCUCGAGAUAAUUCUCCCUUUGGGAUUUUGGUUGGUUGGUUGGAGAGUCCGGAGACAUCACCCAGCAAACUGCUCUGUCAUCAUCAGAGUACAUGCAGAAACGGACACGUGACCACAUGGUCAAACGCAUCAUGGCACUCAUUGCGGAAAGCCUUAUUUUUCUGCCCUUGUUUUGUUACUCGGGUUACGUUUUGACCUUGUUCUUUUUUCAGCCCCCUCAGACAGUGGAUGAACGUUCAGUGGCAGCCCAUUUACAGCCAUGAUGGCAGCGCUGAUGGCCUGCCUACUCUCCAGGGUAAAGGAAUGGUUAUGUGGUGAUGCUUUCAGUCAGGUCCUCUCCACUCUCCCUCUGUUCUCAGGAAUACCGUACAUCUAAACAUAGACUUAUCAGUAUUGAACGGGCAAUGAAACGUUGUACUAGUACAUAUACUCUCUUGUUCAGGGCAGGAGCACUGAAUGACUGGUUUUGAAGUCUUUGACGUUGGAGUAAUUAGGAAGUAGCUUCUGAUGACUGAUGUCUUCGUUUCUUAAACCAGUCCUCACAUGUACUCAGACAUUGGUUUGGGGUAUGUGGAUGGAGCGUCUAUGCCAGGGGGGUCUCAUUUUAUUCUCAAAGGGCCAGUGUGGCUACAGCUUUUUCAGCAUCGGGUGGGCUCCUGCUUUAUAAAAUGAAAGCCCGCAGCCACACUGGCUAUUUACAGAUAAGAUUGGACAUCCUUAUGCUGUACUAGAAAUGGUUUUGGCGGGUUCCACCCUGCGUUAUUCCGAAGAGGGAAAAACACAGCGUUUUACAAAGCUGCAGCGACAGCUUUGUAACAGUCGAUCCGCUGUGCUAGCUGGCAGGUGUGUCAAUUUCCAAUUGCGAUCACAGUUAUUUCGAUGGCAUUUAUUUGAUCUGAUGGCAGUUAGUUAGGCUGACAAAAUUAUUAGCUUCCACAGUUCUGUCGCAACAGAAUGUGAAUGGGUUUUCAUCAGCUGAGUUGAGGCAAGUUCAUGUAAACAGGAGAAAGUAGAGAAUGCAUUUAUUGAGAAACCUCAUGGUAUUACGAAAAAACAGAAGUCCUGACUUCUGACUUGGUGCUGUAACACAUUUAGCAUUGAGUAAAGUUUCUUUAUUUGAGCGUGAGCUGUUUCUGUCGUCAUGACUGGCUGUUUGGCCGCUUUGAGGUGAACUCCCGGGGCAUAGAGCGCCAUGCAAAGAAGACACGAGCCCAGGGAGCAUAAAACGGGAGACACUCAGCGUGUAAAUGCAGUGCACUCCCAUUGAACCCCCCCCCCGCCUUACGCUUAUAGGACUGGCUUAAGAAGCGCUGACUGACAUAACUGAAACUGUUAUAUAUACUAUUGUUCACCAUUACAUGCUCCUUUGUGUUGUGUGUUUGUGUGUGUGUGUUUGGUUUGUUUUUUUUUUCUUCUAUCUGAAAUAUUGCACUGGCAUUGCAGGUACUUCCACAAUAUGAAGCUUGUAGGUACAUUAGCCCUUUUGAACUGAAUGGGGAAAAAAUAUCUCCCGUAUUUCCUUGAUGACAUACAAGCUUGUUGGUCAUUUUGUUGGAUUUUUUUUACUCCAUUUUGCCUUGAAAUCAGCUGUCGACAGGUUUAGCAUGUAGUUCAGUAUUCUGAUUGCACCAUGUGAAGUAGGGAUGCUUUGUUUUCUGACCAGGACUGUUGAAUUUUUUUUUUCAUAAUUUCAUUCUGAUUACUGUAUUUCUUGUCAAUAUUAUGUAUGUUGUGUGUGUCCGGGCGUGUGUGUGUGUGUGUGUGUGUCCUUGUGUGCCUGUGUGUCGUGUGUUACAAGAUGUCGCACAGUAUACCAGUUUGUGCUACGAUACUGUCACUUUAAAAUCAAGUGUGUAAAGUUACAUAUAUAUAGAGUAUGUGGAAAUGGCAAUGUUUAAUUUCAUUUUGCAUUCCUGUAAAUGUCAGAAUUUUAUUUUUUUCUCUUUUUUUGCGUUUACUGAUGUGAAUAAUACUGUGAGCAGUGCCAUGUUUAGAAAUAUCUGUAAUUUUGUUGCCCAGAAUAAGGCCUUGUUCCUGUAAAGAGUGAAUGAUAUCCUGGCGUAAGUUAGCCAUUUAAUUUUUUUACACAGCCCCUUUUGCUUCUUUUUGCUUUUUUUUCCCUCUGGAAUAGCUGUGGUUGACUGGAAUGUCUCCAUUCAGACCACAAGAGGGAGCUCUUUCCUCACGUUGCCAUAAAUUCCUUUAGUAUUUCAGGAUUUUCUUUCUUUUAUGCUGUUUCUCAUAUCACUUUGGACGUAUGCACAGUGCUAUACUGUUGAAUUAAAUGAAUAGAAGAGGAAAAAAAGAGAGAAUGUCCUCAGUCUCUGCUUAUAGGUACUGCAUCCUCUAUGGUACAGAGGCUGGUAGAGUCAUCAGUCUGGUGCUGUCCACAGAGAACAUCUCUGCAGCUAAACGGAAAAAGGUUUCAGGUGAUCUGUUGCAUUAGAGGACAUUUACAGAAGUCAGUGUUAAGAAGGUGUAUGUACUUUGUACUCCAUGUAUGCAUGUAAAUGUUAUUUAACAAUGUUGGAUACUCAUGAAUGUUUCUUGCCACCAUCAGUAGUAGCCUUAACUCAUGGAACAUGGCUCGCUACAGGUUGGAAACAGGGGUUCCAGCCUUUAAACCCUCUAUGAGAAAGAGAGCGAGAGAGCACACCUUGCCCUGCCAGUACGGCUCUGAGAUUUGCUUUGCCUUACUGAUAGUCAUGCUCAUGAUCCAAACUGCCAUUCUCCCUCAGUGCCAUGAUUAUUUUUUUUAUUCUAAUUUUGUUAUUGUAUCAGUCUGUCUCCACCUGUCUGUAAGUGAGCGUUUCAGAAUGGCUUCUCUGUUUUGAACUGACUACUCACAGCGGGUCACACCUGAGUAAUCGGUUCAUUUAGGCUUGACCUUUUCUGUUGUGAUGAAGGGCAUGUUAAAAGCCAAAUAAGUUGGAUAUACUGUAUGAAAUGCAGACCUUUCAGUAUGCGCAAACAUAUAUGAAGUAAUGCCAACCAAUUUACACUCUGAAUGCGUAAUGUUUAGUUAUUAAAAGUAGCGUGUUGGAGCAGGUCUGUACGAUUCAAAGCCUUGCUGUAACAGCCCAGCAGUUUGUAGAAACUGGAAACCAGAGUUAGAGUGCAAAGCAAUGGGAAACAUUCCCUCUCCCUGAAGUCGUUUAUACGUGGAGAGGAGGAUGUUUGUGUGUGUUGUUUCCUUUUGUCAAGAAAUAAAGACUAAUGUUAUUUAUUAAUGUUGAUGUACUCCAACCCAGAGAUCCCUCCUUCAUAAAGUCAUUUUCAUUUUGGAAUUUAUACAUGUUAUUAAAGCAAUUUUGAAUAAAUGUACAGUAGUUGA